CCCAGCAGGCGUUCGUCCAUCUCCUCGGCCACAUCCACAUCCACAUCCACAUUCGCAUCCGCAUUGGCAUCCGCAUUGGCAUUCGGUCUCAGUCUCAUCCUCAGUCCGAGUCUCAGACCCUGCACUCAUAUCGGCCAUGGCUAGCCAGUCGUCCUCCAUUCCGUUCAUGUCGGUGCCCGCUCUGGUGCCGGUAUCUACCGUCUCGCAGUGUGCCUGUGGCACUACAUUCUCGCCCUGGAAAAAGAAGAUCCACUGCCGCAACUGCGGAAACGUGCAUUGCAGCCAGUGCAUCAGCGAGGAGAUGUUUCCGCUGCCCAAGUUCGGCCUCUUCAGCCCCGAGAAGAUAUGUAUGAUGUGCCACACCUUGAUUGAAAUGAAACGCAGUGACAUGACUACUCUCAUGCGGCUGUCCAUCAAGCAACUCAAGCUGUACAUCCAAGCUUACAGCCUGCAAGCCGAGGGCAUCGUCGAGAAGCAGGAGCUGGCCCGGCUGAUUCUCGACACGGCUCUGACGGAUGCGAUCGAGUCGGGCUUCCGACAGCGCUCUGCGCAGAUCCUGGCCGCAUCGUCCGGCGCCCGCAACUUUUCCCUGCUCUUCAGAAAGGAGCCGAGGGCCCCGCCUACACCGCACGAUUCUCCCCAGAUGAACGAUGGGCCUGAUACCAGGGCGAGCCCCAAGCGCGACUGGUUUACCUGGGACGGCCUUGACAACUUCAUGGACGGCAUCGACAACGUCAUGGAGCAGCUCAACAAGGGGGUUUCCAAGCUCGGGACUUCUUCUUCUUCGUCUGGCAGCAGCAGCGCCAGGCCCGAGUCCAACCCGCUCGGUCGCAUGUUCAACGAGCGAGGCGCAAGUGCUCGAGCACCCGGAGAGGCACCGUCAUCCUCCGGAUACCCGCAGCCCGCAGGCUCAUCGCCCCGUCCAAACGGCACCUCGACUUCAGGGAGAGCCUCGACAGCCACAGCCAACCCGACCCCACCGGACAUGAGCGGCCGGUCGACCUCCACCCAGCCAUCGGCAAUCCCAAGUAUCUCCCAGAUCAUCCUGGACGAGAUCGAUGUCACCAGCCUUUCCAUCAAGACCCUCAAGGCCAUCUUGGUCCAGAAUCAUGUCGAGGUCGGCUCGGUGAUCGAGAAAAGCGAUCUUGUCAAUGGCGUGUACCGUCUAAUCGACGAGUCUCUGAAGACCUGGGCCGAGCGCGGAAACGGGCCGAGGAAACAAACCCCACCAGCGGCAACACCCCCGCAUACUCCUCGUCCAACGCCCCCGCCUCCUUCGAAUCGGCCAGCCACCGGUGCGAGCGCCUCAAGCUCCUUCGGCCAAGGAGCGGGUCCGGCGCCAAGGCCCUCGUUCAGCUUUACGCCAGCCCCCGACUCGGGUGGGGCCUCAUCCGAUCGCCAAGUCCCUCGGCCAUCACCUCGCCCAUCGCCUCCUACUGCGCGCGAGCCCGAGACCCCGCAGCCUGCAUAUCGGCGUCCCGCUCCCAUGUUCUCCCACGCUGGGUCUGCAACUGCCUCGUCCUCGUCUGCAUCGUCGUCGCAAUUGCCGACGCCACCGUCAAUGAGCUCCCGGUCUCCUUCCAUCACGCCUGUGAUCCCGCCGACCGUCGAGGACAUUGUUCGGGACAACAUGGACUACACAAAGUUCUCUGCUAAGACACUCAAGGCGAUUUUGUAUGCCAACAAGGUCGAUUACAGCCACGUUCUCGAGAAAGAUGUGCUCAUCAAGCGGGUCGAGAGUCUCGUGAACAACUACAAACUCGACAUGAAGGCAGCAGACAACGAGGAUAAUCUAUGCAAGAUCUGCUGCGAUGCGCCGGUCAACUGCGUUAUUCUGGAGUGCGGACAUCUCGUCACGUGCAUCGAGUGUGCCCGCGCCCUCGAGCGAUCGACCAAGGAGUGCCCGAUAUGCAGAAGCACCAUCACUCGGGUUGUCCAUACCUUCCGGAGCUGAGCGACGCAGCGACGUGCUGCGGUCUUGGACGAGAGAGGGGUGAAUGCGGGCCGAGGCGCCCAUGUCACCGCUCCUGGCCCGGCAAUACACACAGCAGACCGUCGAAUGCACACCGGCCUGCUGGGCA